UAUCCUGCGCAGCUACUUGCCUUAAGCAUACCAUGUCGUUGCAGUGAUUAGAUGACCACCAAACCGCCUGUGAUUUCUUUUCUUCGUUGCCACUGUCUUAUAUAAUCGGGCAACUGUCGAGCUCAAUCUGGAACUGCAUCCUUACCCAGUUAUACCUUCGGGCCGGUAGCCCUUCCACCUCCAAUAUGUCAUCCCUUCACACACUCAAGCUCAUGGGCCAAUGGGCUAUUGCACUCACGGUCAGCCGGAUUUUGCAAGCCAUAUUAACCAUCGCCGCUCUCGCCGUCGAUGGUGCUGUCAUCAGUGCCUGGAACGCAGACCAGUAUAAGUUCAACUCCUACUUCAGCGAAGGCGCGAAGGCGAACUGGAGCUUGGACACAACGGUAGGCGGUACGCCAUUCACGGGCGUUGUUAUAGCUGCUGUACGUGAUUGCCCCAUUUUUUGCGACUCCAAGUGUGAAAAGGAAAUAAUGGAGGCCAAGUCAAGGCAGUCGUGAUUGCUCCAUACUGAUUUGACUCCCAGUCGUUGCUCACCCUGGCGGCAAUAAUCUACGAUCAAGCUUUCCAAAGAGUUGCAGAC